AUGCCCGAUCCGGACCUACUAUUUCAAGGUACAGGUGCUAGUCAAGCAUUAUUGGCACCUGUAGUCGCCAACAACAACAAUGGUGAUGGUAUGAUGUCGGCUACCGAUUUAAUUGCCGCCCAAACUACUGGCCAUCAUCAGCAACACCAUUACGCAGCCGAUAGCGGCCAUCAUGGUGGUCACGAGUCGAAAAAACAUGUUGGCGGACACCAAUGGGGUAACAAGGGCUGGGACCAAGGUCAUCAUAACAAACAUGAAAGCGAUUGGGGCAAACAGGGUGGUCAUAAACAUGGUGAUCAACAACAAUGGGCCGAUAAACAUCAUAAUAAACAUGGUCUGGACAAACAUGGCGAUAAAUGGGCACAGCAGCAUGGUGGCAAUAAAAAAGCCCAUCAUAAUACCUGGGCUGAUAAGGCUAACUGGAAUAAGGAUAAGGGAGAUGGCUAUGUAAAAACAUGGCACUGGGAUAAACAGGCCGGCAAUAAGGACAAACAUGGCAACCAGGGUGGUCAUCAGGAUCAUCAUCAUAAAAGUUCACAUGGACAUAAAGAUGGUAUUAAAACUUGGAAGGACAGUCACGCUGGCAAACAUGGCCAUAAGCACCAGGAUGCUAAAAAACACUGGGAAGACCAUGGCAAACAUUAUGGCAACUCCGGUGAUAAGCACCAUGGUCAUAAAAAAUGGGCUCAUCAGGGUCCUCAUUGGCAGCAACAUCAUAAAAAUACUAAAUACUCGCAUCACAACACCGGUGGACAUGGAAGCCAUGGUGGAUAUGGAGGUUAUGAUGGUGGUCAUAGUGAUCAUGGUAGUGGUUACGGUGGUGGUGGUGGUGAUUAUCAUGGUGAUAUUGGCUACGACUCACAUGAUGUGCACAGCGAUGAUAUUGGCGACCAUAGCUAUGAUGGACAUAACAGUUACGAGGGAUCUGAUUACUAA